CAGCAGCUCAGUAACGAGCCGCAGCGGCCGCAGCCGGACCCAGCCGAGCCGCGCAGGGCCGCGCCGGGCCGGGCAGGGCAGGGCGCGGCGCAGCCGAGCGGAGCGGCGGCCGGCCGGGGGAGCGAGCCGCCCCCUCCUCCCCGCAGGGUGCCCGGCGGGCCGGCGCUCCGCCUGGACCAUGCCGAUCCUCCUCUUCCUCAUAGACACGUCCGCCUCCAUGAACCAGCGGGCGUAUCUGGGCACCAGCUACCUGGACAUCGCCAAGGGCGCCGUGGAGAUCUUCAUGAAGCUGCGGGCCCGGGACCCGGCCAGCCGCGGCGACAGGUACAUGCUGGUCACCUUCGACGAGCCGCCCUACUGCAUCAAGGCUGGGUGGAAAGAAAACCACGCAACGUUUAUGAAUGAACUGAAAAAUCUGCAGGCAUCAGGACUAACAACUCUUGGUCAGGCACUCAGAUCUUCAUUUGAUUUGUUAAAUCUCAAUAGAUUAGUGUCUGGAAUAGACAACUAUGGACAGGGAAGGAAUCCAUUCUUUUUGGAGCCGUCUAUUUUGAUUACCAUCACAGAUGGAAACAAACUGACAAAUACAGCUGGAGUUCAAGAGGAGCUUCAUCUUCCUUUGAAUUCUCCUUUGCCUGGAAGUGAACUAACCAAAGAACCAUUUCGUUGGGAUCAAAGACUGUUUGCUCUAGUGCUGCGUUUGCCCGGAGCUGCAUCUGCUGAACCAGAGCAGCUUGGGAGUGUGCCUACUGAUGAAUCUGCUAUCACACAGAUGUGUGAAGUUACAGGAGGUCGUUCCUACUGUGUUCGGACACAAAGAAUGUUGAAUCAAUGUUUAGAAUCUCUAGUUCAGAAAGUCCAAAGCGGAGUUGUUAUUAACUUUGAAAAAUCAGGACCAGAUCCAGCUCCUGUUGGAGAAGAUGGACUUGUUGAUUCAUCCAGACCCAUCAAUUCAUUUGCUUCUCAACCGUGGCAUAGUUGUCAUAAGCUCAUUUAUGUACGGCCUAACCCUAAAACUGGUGUUCCUGUUGGGCAUUGGCCAAUCCCAGAAUCUUUUUGGCCCGAUCAGAAUUCACCAACACUGCCUCCACGCACAGCUCACCCUGUUGUGAGAUUCUCCUGUGUUGAUUGUGAGCCAAUGGUAAUAGACAAGCUUCCUUUUGACAAGUAUGAGCUUGAGCCUUCGCCCUUAACACAGUACAUCUUGGAACGAAAGUCUCCCCAUACCUGCUGGCAGGUAUUUGUGAGUAGCAGUGGAAAAUACAGUGAACUUGGCCAUCCAUUUGGGUAUUUAAAAGCAAGCACUACUCUAACCUGUGUAAACCUCUUUGUGAUGCCUUACAACUAUCCUGUUUUACUUCCAUUGUUAGAUGACUUGUUUAAGGUUCACAAACUUAAGCCAAAUCUGAAGUGGCGACAGGCUUUUGACAACUACUUAAAAACAAUGCCUCCUUACUACUUACUGCCAUUAAAGAAAGCCCUAAGGAUGAUGGGAGCUCCAAAUCUGAUAUCAGAUAAUUUAGAUUGUGGACUUAGUUACAGUGUUAUCUCUUACCUUAAAAAACUCAGCCAACAGACAAAAAUAGAGUCGGAACGAAUAAUAGGUUCAGUGGGUAAGAAAGUUCCACAAGAAAUUGGAAUAAAAGUGAAAAAUCACUCCAGUGGCCUCUCCUUGGUACACAGUAGGGAUUUUAAGCAACUGCUGCAAGGGAUCACUGGGGAAUCUCCACUGAGACUGGCGGAAAUGAACGUUAAAGAAUUUGCUGGCUUCCACAUAGGACUCUUAAACAAGGAUUUGAAGCCACAGGCAUUCAGAAAUGCAUAUGAUAUUCCUCGUCGCAGUCUUCUAGAUCAGCUAACUAGGAUGAGAACCAAUCUUCUGAAAACACACAGGCAUAUCGUGGGGCAGGAUGAAGACUGCCUUCACAGCGUUCCUGUUGCUCAAAUGGGAAAUUACCAGGAGUACUUGAAAAUGAUGCCUUCACCCCUUCGGGAGAUUGAUCCAGAUCAACCAAAAAGGCUUCAUACUUUUGGCAAUCCAUUCAAACAGGAUAAGAAGGGUAUGAUGAUAGAUGAAGCAGAUGAAUUUGUUGCUGGGCCUCAGAAUAAGAUCAAGCGUCCUGGAGAGCCCAAUACUCCAGCAUCACUAAAGAGAAGGCGUAGCAUGUCCCCACUGUUGCGACGGCCACAGUCACCACCUGUUGUGACAAACCAUGUUGGUGGGAAAGGGCCACCCUGUGCUGCUGGGUCUCCAUCGUAUCUGAACCUCAAAGGCAUGCCAACAAAUAAAGACACUGGUAACAGUAUUGUCCAGGAUGGUAAUGGAGAGAAGAAAGCAGAAAAUUGUCAGUUGCUGGAAAAGCAAAUUGAUGGCUUGUCUGUGCAAAUGGCUUCUUCGGUUCCAGCUGUUAUGGGAGAAGACGAAAUGUUACCCAAUGACUUAGACUCUCUACCCGUUGAGUUCAAUUGCUUAAAUGAAGAUGGCUUGGAUCACAAACCUGGUACCAAUGCACUUGUUCGAGGGCCUCUAAAUUACAGUGUGGCCGGAGAUGACCAAAAACGGGUGAUGGAGUCUACUUCUGAAUCUGUGCCAAAUUCAUUUAAAAUAACACCUACGAUGUUGGAGGGAAGCAACGCUGAUAUCAAAAUUAGAGUGAUGAAGGAGGUUCGCAAACCUGGAAGAAAUUAUGAAAAAAUCUUCUCUCUUCUUGAGGAGGUACAAGGACCUAUGGAAAUUCAGAAGUAUUUCAUUGAAUUUGCUAUAAAGGAAGCAGCAAGGUUUAAAAAACGUGUCUUAAUACAACACUUAGAGAGAAUACUAGAGGAACUAGAGUUCAACAGCCUACCCAACAGAGUUAAUCAUGUCAACAGUAGAUAAUAGUGUACCAGCCAGACGAAUACGGACCAGGAAUGAGUUUGCUGUGCCACAGAAGAGUGGAAGAGGAUGUAGCUGUUGCCCUCACCAUCUUGGCAGUCAAGUGAUUUUACUGUCAGAGUCUGAGAAGAAGCAGUGGAGCUUUAACUUUACGAACCUCUAUCGGCAGAAGCUGGGCUAUAACCUUAAGGAUUUGCUAUGAAAGGUGUGGCUUUUUUCCUGUGGAGGGUGCUAUUUGCUCAACAGGCUGAAGAAAAUAACCAUUGCUGCCCCUCCUGCAGGUGAUGAGAAUUUACUCAUUUGAACACUGUCAUUAGACAUUUUACGUGCUAUAGGCAGCAGAUUGCACUAAAAUGGGGCACUGUCAAAUGCACACACUGUCUGCAUCGUGGAGAGAUCCCGUGUGUUCCCCCCCCAAAAAAAAACCUCCCAGAAACACCUGCACUGGUAAUAUUGCAUGUUGCCACCACAGAGACAAGGGUCUUGUUCCCGAGAACUGCUAGCCAUGCCUUUAAACUUGAGAUUCAGUGUAGAUUGAGAGUAAAGAAACUGCUAUUGUGUUAAUGAAAGCUAAAGACAGCCCUGUGACUGUUACCACCUGAUGGUCACUAAACAAUCUACCUCAGACUCUCUUCUGUUUUGUCUGCAGACAUUAUGAAAGUGCACCUGAGGCUUCCCAGGUCCCCGACUUCAGUUCUCUUUCAUCCUGUGAGGAGGACGGAGAUUCUUCAGGUGGCCUUGGCACACGCUGUGCUUUGGAAGCACUAAAAGGAAACGCUUUUAAAAACGUGUAUUUUAAUGUUCAUACAAAAGAGAUUAUUUUGAACAGUAUUGUUACCAGAUCACUAAUUUGAUAUUUUAACUGUAUAAAAUUUUUGGAACAUAUGUAUAUAUAAAAUAAACCAUUUUAUUAAUUUUUAAUAAGUGCUAAUCUGAGGAGUCUGUAGCGGGCAGCGUUGAAUUCCUCGACUUGUCUGUUACCAACAGACUGCUAAUAUUUUUUGUGAAACCAGUCUGCACACCCUCAAACUCCGCUUAUGGUAAUAGCUGCAGAAUGUGUUUGUACUCACCUCCCAAUAGCAUGUACCCUGGAGCCACCUGCCCCAUCAGUCAGCUCAGCCUGUGCA